GUGGCAACACUGGUCGGUACAUCCCAACAAAUUGUUUACCACAAAAAACCGUGCUGAAAUUUACAAAAAAGCCAAGCGCAGCACGCCGCCGAGCCUUCGUAGUGAUCCCCACGACGCCCGCCAAGACCCAGAGUUAGCCGGAGCGGUGUCCACCUGAUUUCACGCCCGUCGCCAGAAGCACAUCAUUCCACCUUUGGGGAGCCCCUCGGCCGAACAGUCGCGAUUGCCCGGCCGUCCACAAACGCUUAUAAAAUUGGCAAGAUAACUAAGCAUAGCACAAAGAUGCCGCCAGCAUCAGCGGUGAACAACAGCAACGCGGCCGCCCAGGCGGCGAAGGCCGAGCGGGCGGAGAAGCUGCGCGGAGCCCUGAAGGGCUUCAUCGUGGCGGACCGUCAGAGGCGCCAGGAGGAGUUCGAGACACAGUGCGAGGAGCAGCGAUUGCGCAGGGAGCGCGAGGAGGUGGAGCGCCAGAACCAGGCGGCCCUGGACGACACACGAGGCCAGAUCACACGGCUGGACGAGCAGCUGGCCGAUCUGCACAGUCAGAAGCACCAGCUCACCGUCCAGCUGAAGAAGGUACUCAACGAGGAUGAAACACGGAAGAAGAUGGCCAAGGAGAACGAGCUGUUCGCCAUCCAGCAGGCGGCGAGUGGCCCGGUCUUCCUGCCGCCCCUUCGCCUCCAACACCAGCACCAUCCGCUGAUGCAAAAGCCCCCUCCCGGCGGACAGUCGGGGAAACGUGGCCGGAGUCCCUCGCCACCGAGUCAGCAGCAGGCCUACUACAAGAGCGCCGCCAGCUACGCCCAGCAGAAACACGAUGACUACCGUCGUGCCGCGGACUAUGCUAGAUUAUCAUGGAACAAGACCACGGCGCAGUAUCCGGGCACGGGAACGGUCUUCUACCAGACCACCGCCCCUCCGCCGACGACGCAGCACUCCAUCUACAACUACAAUCUUCCCUUGCGUCAGGCCUACCAUGUGGAUCUGCCCAGCGCCACGGUCAGCAAGCCACCGGACUCACAGUCGCCCAAGGCUCCGCCCCAAGCGCAGCCGAUGCAAGUGCUUCACAUUAACCUCGACCAGCCGGCCAUUUCGCAGGCCGACUUGGUGGCCCAGUCCGGCGGCAGCAUCUCGGUGAAGGCCACCCAGCCGCAGGUGACCAUGGAGAAGCUGCCCGACCGCUACCACAUCGAGGUGAAGCACGACGGCCAGCCGCCGAGCCACAUCCCACCACCACCGCAUCUGCUGUCGGAGGGCGUUAUCUUCAAGCCGCUGCUCAGCGAACUUUCCAUGCACACCAACGUGUUGCAGAUAAGCAGCAGCCAGUUUCCUCCACAGAAUCCCAAGACGGCGGGCAGCAUCACACAGGGCUAUGCCCCUGGUCGAGGUGGAUCCGCUCACGAACAGCAGCUGGCUCGGCAACAGUUGGCGAUGCUGCCUGGACAGCCGGGAGCCCCGACCGGAUCCGUUUCCGGGUCCGCUCAGCCGCCUCCUGGCCAGCAGAUGCACUACACGCGACGAUUGUACUAGCCCCGGCUGAGGGUUUAGCCCUGUUGGCGCUACGGAACUCACUCACUGAUAUACUUACGAUUUUAAAUGGACAUUAUACUGACUACGCUUCCCUCGUGGAGUCGCAUACACGAAAUAAAACACACAACUAUGGCGUCCCUAUUUUCCAAUCGAUAAUACAA